AUGUUUUCUACUUCGUUAACAUCGACGAUUCGUCAACGUGCUAAAUAUGAAAAAGAAUUAGUGCAAUCAAUUCGAAUCUAUCUCAAAGAAAAUAAUUUAAUUUUACGACGAACAACUGAUCAAAGAAAUAAUUUCUACCUUGGCAAUAGAAAAGAUUUUGAAGAUAAAGCAAAUGAAUAUAUAAUGAAAACAGAUGAUUUUGAAUAUUGUCAAGAUGUCAAUGAAACCAAUCUGCGACAAACAUACAAAUAUUUAAAUGAGAUUGUAAGAUCAAUAAACUCAGACAUAAAAAAAAUGUUUGAUAGUAAAAAAGGUAAAGACAAUGAUCCAAUGAAAUUACAUAUCGAUUUUGAUCAAAUUCAAUUAUCAUAUUUAUAUUUCUUACCUGAUGUUUCUAAAAGAAAUGAUAUAUCGUUAAAAGCAAUCAUAGCAGGAUCAUCCAAAUCUAGUAUAACAUCACGAUUGUCUCAAUUUUUAGAUGAAUUACUUCGACCUAUUACUCAACGUGCUAUAGAACCAACUACAUUUAUCAAUGGUAUUGAUUUUCUUCAAAAACUAAAUCUAUACAUUAAUGAUAAGAAGAAUGAUUUUAAUUCAAAAACAAUGUUGGUAACAAUUACUAUUAAAAAUUAUCAUACUAUGAUACCUCAUGGAAAAAUGCUUACAACCCUCGAAAACUUUCUAAACGAUCAACUCGGUUAUUCGGCGUUUGUAGGAAAUAUUUCUCAAAGAAAAGCUCUCGAUUUAACAGGAUUAUUUUUAAGAAAUAAUUAUUUUUAUUAUAAUAAUAAAAUCUAUCGUUGUACAAGAGGUAGUCCAAAAGGUUUAGUAUUGAGUGAAACAUUAUGUCACAUCUAUGCAUUCCAUUGGCAAAAGUUAUUAUUAGAAAAACUUUCAUUACCAACACAAUUUUAUGGCAGGUAUAAUGAUUUUUCUUGUUUUUAUCACACUCAAACAAAACUUAUGUCAAAAUCAAAUCUUUUUUUUACAUGGAAUCGAUCAACAAAUGCACUUCGUGAAAUUCUUCAAACUUUUGGUAGUGAACAUGCACAUAUAGAAUUUGAUAUAAAAAUAGAUUCGACUGUUCCAUUCUUAGAUGUACAUGUUGAAAAUUAUCAUGGUACAUUAUUUACUCGUGUUUAUCAUGAUUCAAACAGUCAAAAAUAUACUUUAUCGUAUGUAAUUGGUAAUUCUAGAAGCGCACAUAGUCAUUGGUUACGAUCGGCACUCAUACGUACAGUUCGUUAUUGUAUAUCUGUCUAUGAUUUUAAUCAAGAACGACUUUAUUUACAAGCAACUUGUUUAGUUAAUGGUUAUUCAUUAGAAUUUAUUGAUGAUCGUGUUCGUCAUUUUUUUAAACAUUUUGAUGGUAUAUCACUUCUUUCAGUUUCGAAUCAAGAUGAAUAUGAUAAACUUCGUCGUCGUCUAAUGAAUUAUAUAGAUGAACAAAAAGAAUAUAAUUUCAAAAAUAAAGAAUUAGAGAAGAAUAAACAAUUGAUUCGAUUGAAUUAUUUACAUGAAUUUGGUCGGAAACACGAAUUUAAUAGACAAUUAAAAGAAAUCUUAUCAAACAAGUUGGUCGACAAAAAGAUUCCUUUUAUAAAACAACAAUUAACGAUUAAUCUUAAAACUAUCCAUCAAUAUUCAUUAAACGGUUUAUUAAGUCAACAAAAACCAUCUCAUCCAUUAUUCAAUAAAGAGAAAAUGUUUUUCUAA